AUGACAUUCGUGGAAACAUCGUCCUCGCAACCCCUCUUUCCGCAGCCGCUAACCUAUUUCCUGGUCAGCCAAGCACUCUUGACCGUACUGAUAAUCGGAUACUUUCUGCAUGUUCAAGGUGUCUACUUUCGGCGAAGUAAAAGCGUGAAUCACGGGUCAACACACGAGAAAUAUGUGCUGGAAAAAUCGGUACUUGAAGUUACCGAAAUGGCUGGAGAUGUCACAUUUCAUGAGGUCGGUGUGGGGGAAUGCGAAAAGCGUGACGGUGACAAUGUGAUCGUGGAGGCUAGGACCGAGAUUAGGGGGAGAGGUAAGGAGUUCACCUCGAAAAACGGAAAUAUGAACAACAACGGGAAGGGAGAAGGAGUGGUCCAGAAAGGUGGCAUUGGAAAUGAGAUUUUGGGAGAGUUGGAGAAGCGAAGGAGUUUUAGGAAUCAGACAAGAGAGAACAAAUGA